AUGAGUGAGGUCGAACUGAGCGCGUUGAGUGCCUCGCACACGCAGCCUGUCGAAUCGCCUCGACCAGAUGGAGGAGUCGACAUCGAGGACCAUGAUGCCAGCGGGACCGCCGAGGAGACGUCGUCGGUCGCUUCACAUUCCAUACAGGUAAACUCCCACUCUCGCUCUCCCACGCAAAUCCAUGCUGCGCCAGCACAGCCACAGUCGCCAGCAAGUGCAAGCUCAAGUGGUGGCGAUGCAGCGACGUUAGCGACCAAUGGCAACGCAGAUCGCCGCUCGUCGCAGGCCAGCACUUUUGCAACCUCCAUUGCCUCCUUUCGCAGCUGGGUGUCUUCUGCAAGCUCCGCUCUAAGCGUGGACCAACUUUCCUCUUGCUUUGGCAUCAGUAUCGAUGUCCAGGAGGACGGUGGCAAGAGAACCUGGCUUAUAAAGGUGACCAGGCUGGGACGCUGGAUCAUCCCGUUCCACCUGAUACUGGCUGCCGCUGGCAUUUUCGACGUCGUCAGCACGAUCUACGCCUGGACAACAUCCCGCGGUGCCGACAGAAUGCAACAGAGGACUUUGCAGAGUGUCUUGAAGACCGGCUCCCGUCUGGAAGGCAUGGAGCACAAAUUCCAAAAGUGGUUCGAGGAGGCUACCGCUCUAUCAUCCGGUCAGAGAGAACAACUGCGAGAGGAGCAGCGUCUGUGGGACGCCUUGGUCAAGAUGUUUGAGAACUGUGGGACUCAAUCCGGGCUGGCCAAUGCAACUGAUGCCUGCGCUGAGGGCCGACGAUAUUUCCAAGAGAAUCCUCUCCCACAGGUGAACAAAUCUCCUCUUGCAAAACGAAAUCUGGCCAAGAUUGAUGUGAUUAUUCGACGCGAUCAUCUGCAUCUAAGCUCAGGGGAGUCGGGGUCGAGUGCAUGGGCCGGCCAGCAUCUGCUACAUACUCUUGCUAUUGCGUCCGUGCUAUGUCUUUCUACACUGGCGGCGUUCUUUUUGUACUUUGCUCUGUGGCGAUGGGGUCCCGCCCUGCGCAGAAAGGUGCAAAACUUCUCGAAAAAGAGAUGGUUUGGGCAUGGCAAAUCACUGGAGGUCGUAGUUGACGACGGCGACGAGAAGUAUGUUACCACGACAGCCUACUCGAGUGGAGGGGAUCAUCGGCAACCGCAAGGAUCGAUAACGUUUAGGGGCCCAAGAAUUCCCAAUGUCUACACCCUGGCGGUGAAAGGAGCAUGGACAGAGCUGGCAAAACUGCCAGCCUCGCAAAUGCAAGUCGAUAGUGUUGACACCGCCAACGAAUACGGCUCGCUUCUAACAGCGGCGGUACGGUCUGGGGACUUACAAACCGUCAACUACAUCUUGUCUCGCGGCGCCAUGGUGGACGUGCUCGGUGGCAGAUAUCACAAUUCACUACAAACAGCUGCUCAUUCUGGAAGCAAUGCAAUCGUCGAACGAUUGCUGCAAGCAGGCGCAACCGACGCCUCGACUGGUGGCUUCUAUGGGAGCAGCAUCCACGCGGCGGCUGAAAAGGGUGAUUGCUACAUGCUGAAAACACUACUCACGUCCGGAAAGAUUGCCAAUGGUAUCAAUGAGCUGGGAGGAACCUUCGGAACUCCGCUCAUUGCGGCCGCGGCCAGGGCAGCAGCUAACGGACAUCUUGAAAUCGUUUCAAUGCUUCACCACCAUGGCUGUGCUCUCAAUGCACUAUCGACGGUUUAUGGCACUCCGCUUCACGCUGCAUGCAGUACAUCGCGUCCCAAGGUGGCCGAAUUUCUUCUGAGGUCUGGAGCAAAUCCUUCAGUCGAAGACCAACGACGGCGGACACCAUUACACGCGGCCGUGAGCGCUUCCGAGGGAAUGCAUGCUAUCAUCGACACCAUCCUUGACACGAAGCCACAUGUCGCUGACAAGCGAGAUUCCGACGGGCAGACAGCGUUGCAUCUCGCAAGUAUUGCUGGUGAUGCCGACGCCGUCAAGGCGUUGUUGCGGUACGGGGCUAAAUGGUCCAUCGGCGACAAGUUCAAUGCACAACCACUCUUCCGCGCUGCAGGCUGCGGCUUCCCGGAGGUGGUCCACGUGCUUUUGAAAAUCGGGCGGGCAGAUCCCAAUGCCGCCGACUGCUUUGGGAGGACCGCACUGCAUGGACCGGCGCAGACGUCCGACGUGCGAGUCCACAAAUACCUAAUAGACUACGGUGCUGAUGUCAAUGUGACUGGCAACGAUCGGAAGACUCCACUACAUGAAGCAUGCAACAUGGGCAGAAUAGAAAACGCCAAGCUCCUUCUCGAACGAGACGAGAUCCUGGUGAACGAGCUUGACAACGACCAAUUCGCUCCUCUGUACAAAGCCCUCUGCAGCUCCGACGCUCACCCCGACUACUUGGGCAAAUGCGUCGAUCCAGGUAUUGUGGACCUCCUUCUGGAGAGGCAAGAUAUUGAUGUCAACGUCUCUUCUGGCAUCGCAGUCCAGGAGGCGGCAAGGAAAGGCAUGGUGCAUGUGGUUAGGAGGAUGAUUGACCGACAUGGGGCUAAUUUACAGAUGCAAGGAGGCAAGUAUGGCGGCGUGCUCCAAGCGGCCGCCAUCAGCGGAAACCUGGCACUGCUAAAUAUGCUGCUCGACCCUCGCCAUCGUGCAGACGUCAACCAGACGGGUGGGGAAUUCGGCUGUCCUCUUUCCGCAGCCGCAGCAUAUGGCCAUGUCGAGAUUGUGCAAAGACUGCUCGAGGCAGGCGCUGAUGCAUGCAACAAUGGCGUCGGUCGGUAUGGGUCUCCGUUGCAGUCGAUGUGUCGACAGCUGGAGAACCCGGGCAGUUUCACCUGGACUUCAAAGUCCACGCCGAUCUUUGGGCUCAUCAAGGAAUACGGUGGCGACGAAGCGUUGCAGCCUGUGGAAAAGCCGUACAGUGUAGGGUGGCGAUGGCUCAUCACUCCAACCGGCUGGACCUGGGUACCUCCCGGAGAGAUGUGA